AUGAGUACCGUGAAAUUACUUUCACCGUCAUGUAGCACCGGCAUGUUCCGUAAUGUCGAAUGCCGACAAUCGGCGACUUCUCCUUCACCGGCGGUGGAGAAGCUAGGGUUUCAUAACCUAUGCGCAACCAAUGUCGCUAGAUCGUACCGUAGUCCGAGAAGCUUGGUACUCUGCUACGACCGUGCGAAAUUGAACUUACGGAAACCGAUUAAGACGAAGGAAUACACCGGCGCUUUUUUGAUCGAUGACCGCAAGUGCUCGAGGAAGUUGUUGAAGCCAAUUAAGGCUAAGAACGACUCUGAACCGUCUUGCACGGAUAACACUGCUGCGUUAUCAGGUAAAAGUUUCCACAAGAUGUCGAACGUUGGGAACUCGACUAACAUUUUGUGGCAUGAAUGUCCGAUUCAAAAUCGUGAUAGGCAGCAGCUGCUUCAGCAAAAAGGCUGUGUUAUAUGGCUAACUGGUCUCAGUGGUUCAGGAAAAAGUACUCUGGCAUGUGCUUUGAGCCAAAGCUUGCACUCCAAAGGAAAACUGACUUACAUCCUUGAUGGUGACAAUAUUCGGCAUGGUCUAAACCGUGAUCUUAGUUUUAGAGCAGAAGAUCGUUCAGAAAACAUUCGAAGGAUUGGUGAAGUGGCAAAACUCUUUGCAGAUGCUGGUGUUAUUUGCAUCACUAGUUUAAUAUCACCCUAUCAAAAGGAUAGAGAUGCUUGCAGAGCACUACUGCCAGAAGGGAGUUUCAUUGAGGUUUUCAUAGACGUGCCACUACAUGUGUGCGAAGCUAGGGACCCAAAGGGCCUUUACAAGCUUGCUCGUGCAGGAAAGAUCAAAGGUUUCACUGGUAUAGAUGAUCCAUAUGAACCACCGUGUGGCUGUGAGAUAGUCUUGCAACAGAAAGGAAGUGAUUGUAAGUCUCCUAAAGAUAUGGCAGAAAUAGUGAUUUCCUAUUUGGAGAAGAGUGGACACCUGAAGGCCUGA